GUUACCCAUACGCAGCAUUCAGCGACAGCGCGCACGCAUCAUGCCGUUUCCCAAGCAGAAGAAGCCCCUCGGGCGCGCUUCGGAACCGCAGUCGUCCAAAGACAGCGCCGAUCCACGAUUCGCGAGUCUCAGCACCGACCCGCGCUUUCGUCUGCCAUCCAAGAAGCACACUCGAACCAAGCUCGACAAGCGGUUUGGACGCAUAUUGAAGGAUGACGAUUUCUCCAAAAAAGCUAGCGUGGACAGAUAUGGCAGAAAAUUGAGCAGAGAUGCCGGGAGAAAGGAGCUGGAACGGUUGUACAAGCUCGAGGACGAAGAUGAGCACGACGAAGACGAGAACGAGGGUUCCAGCGACGACAGCGGUGACGACGAAGUCGACGUCCGUAGGGAGUUGAAGCGCAUGGACAAAAAGUAUGAUCCUGCACGUGACGGCGGCUUUUCCGAGUCUUCGUCGUCUGAGGAGGAGAGCAGUGACGAGGACGAGGUGGAAGAGGCAGAGCUCUACGCGACAGAGGAGCAGGUUGCCAGUAUACCCACUGGAGAUGUAACAAGGCGAAUAGCAGUGGUGAACAUGGACUGGGACAACAUACGGGCAGAGGAUAUCAUGGCUGUUGCGAUCUCGUUCCUGCCUGCCGAGGGACGAAUAGAAAGUGUUACCGUGUAUCCCAGUGAAUUUGGACGCGAACGCAUGGAGAGAGAAGAGAUGGAGGGGCCGCCAAAGGAAAUUUUUGCGAGCGCAAAGAAGCACGAGUCAGACGAGUCCGUAUCCGGCUCAGAGGAGGAGGAUUCAGACGAGGAGGAAGAGCGCAUAAAGAAAACCCUCUUGAAGGAAGACACAGGCGAGGAGUACAAUUCGACUGCGCUUCGGAAAUAUCAAUUGGACCGGCUGCGAUACUUCUACGCCAUCAUUGAGUGCUCCUCCUUGGAGGCCGCAAAGGCCGUGUACGACAACAUGGAUGGCCGGGAAUACCUAUCCUCAGCCAAUUUUUUCGACCUGAGAUUUGUGCCUGACGACGUUACGUUCGACGAGAAGCCGAGAGAGAGCUGCACUGAUGUUCCACGUGAUUACAAGCCAAACGACUUUGUGACCGACGCGCUGCGACACUCGAAGGUCAAGCUCACAUGGGAUGCCGAAGACCGAAAGCGAAAGGAGGUGCAGAAACGCGCCUUCAGUCGCAAAGAGAUCGAUGAAAACGAUCUGCAGGCGUACAUUGGCUCGGCUUCGUCUUCAGACGAGGAGGAAGAAGAAGAAGACGAGCCAAUUCCGGAGGGUGUUGAUAUCGACACAAUGUCCAUGGUGUCCAAAUCCACGGUCAACAGGCAGGCACGGAGAGAGGCCCUGCGUGCAGCGUUGGGGCUUGACUCAGAGCCUGCGCUCGCUCGAAAGAGCAGGAAAAAGGAUGACGGCCCGGUCGGCAACAUGGAGAUCUCGUUCACGCCGGGGAUCUCGGCUGCCGAGAAGAAGGAUUCCGUCUUUGAGAACGACCCCCGCGAUGCCGAAGAGACAACCUUGGAGCGCUACGUGCGCCGCGAGCGGGAGCGCAAGAAGCGGCGAAAGGAGCGGAUGAAGGCCCGUCGGGAGGGCCGCGACCCGGAUGCGGUCGCAGCCUCCGACGGAGAAGACGCGACGAACGGUGCCGCCGCGGAGCCGAAGGACGAUCUGGGCUUCGACGAUCCCUUCUUCACGGACCCGCUGUACGCGGAAAAGGCGCAGAAGAAAGCCAAGAAGGAGGCGAAGGCGGCGCGCAAGGCCGAAGAGGCAGCGCAAGAGGCCGCGUCGGCUGCGCAGCGCGCCGAGCUGGAACUGCUCAUGGCCGACGACGAGCAGCAGGGGAUUCGCCACUUCGACAUGCGGGAGGUCCGCAAGGCGGAGAAGGCCAAGGCGUCGAAACACAAGAGCAAGAAGGGGAAGAAGGGCAAGGACGACGCGGUGGCGCAGGACGACUUCAAGAUGGACACGCAGGACCCGCGCUUCGCCAAGUUGUUCGAGAGCCACGAGUUCGCCAUCGACCCGACGAACCCGCGAUUCAAGAAGACGGAGGGUAUGAAGCAGUUGAUGGAGGAGAGUAUAAAGAAGAGGGGAAAGAGAGGCGAAGGCGAAGCGGUCGGCGGAGACGCAAAGAGGAAUGAGAAGAGGGUCCGAAGCGACGGAGCCGAGCUCAGCGCCUUGGUCGAAAAGGUGAAGAAGCGCGCAAGGACGUAACGAAGAUGUCGCGUCGAAAGCUUUGUCCUUCACGAGACACCGGGACGCAAUGAACGAGGCCCAGCACCGGAUCGCAGAUGAACGCCCCUACCACGCGGCGUGGAGACACUCCUUUUCGUCGCCGGAUUUCAAAUCUCUAGCAGAUUUUUAUGUACAGUAUAUAUAAUCUCUCUAUGCAAAGGCAAAAAGCAUUGACAAAAGCUCGAAAAAUCAC